AUGAAUAAAAUCGGGAUAUUAAAAAACUCAUUUAGUGGUUUUUCGCUGGAUCAAAAACUGCAAAUUAAAGAAUUAGGACGGCCAAUACCCGAUUUAAAAAUUGAGAAACAAAGUGGUAGCGGACAAAAAUCGCGCUGUCGCAAAUUUAAUAAAAAUGUGUACGAUAAAAACAACUGGAUAUGUGGUUGUGAAGAAACGAAUAAACUAUUUUGUUUUGUAUGUGUUCUAUUUGGAGGUGACGAGACUUGGUCAAAAAAAGGUACAGACGAUCUUAUACAUAUAUGGGAUAAAAUGAAGACCCACGAAAAAUCUAAAGUCCAUAUGAAUAAUGUUUUUAGCUUUUCUAUUCUUGGUAAAUUAAAUAUAAGGACUCAACUCAAUUCGGCUUAUCGCAAUGAUCUAAUUAAACAUAAUAAUCAAGUGGAUAAGAAUCGAUAUGUAUUGAAUAAAAUUAUUAAUUGUAUAAGGUUUUGUGGAGCAUUUGAGUUAACCUUAAGGGGUCAUGAUGAAAAGGAAAAUUCGGAAAACAGAGGCAUAUUUAAGGAGCUGGUGAAUUUUAGCGUCGAAUUAGACAACGAAUUGAAAGUCCAUAUUCAAAGUGCCAAACUUUUUAAGGGUACCUCAAAAACAACUCAAAACGAGCUUCUUGAGUGCAUGCUAGAUGUUUAUCAUGAAGAAGUUAAGAAGGAGAUUGCAAAUUCUCCUUUUGUUGCAGUAAUUGCCGAUGAAACGACGGACGUAGCCUGUGAAUUUCAGUUAAUUAUUUUCAGAUAUUUGUGUAAAGGACAACGAGUUGAGAGAUUUUGGAGAUUUUACGUCCCCGACGGACACGAUGCCAAAUCAAUCGCUGCAUGCGUUUUAAAUGUUGUAAAUCCAUUACUAGAUCAAACAAAUUAAUAGCUCAAAGCCAUGAUGGUGCGUCUGUUAUGAGUGGUGAAUUGAAUGGCGUUCAAAAAAUUAUUAAGGAAACUUAUCCACUUGCAAAUUAUGUUCAUUGCUAUGCACACCAGUUAAAUCUAAUUAUGACAAGCGCAUGCUCUGUCAAUAAGCAGGCUAGAAUAUUUUUCCAUAAUUUAUCUGGAUUGUGCUCUUUUUUUUCGACGUCUCCUCAAAGAACAAAAAUUUUGGAUGAAAUAGUUAAUCGCAGAUUGCCAAGAUCUUCCCAAACACGUUGGAAUUUUCAGUCACGAGGUGUUCAUACAGUUUAUGAAAAUAGGAAAGACCUGAUUGAAGUUAUGGACAAUAUGGAAAGUACUUCGCGCGAUUCUUCGUCGAUUAAUCAAGCCAGUGGGUACAAAUUAAAGCUGCAAGAUACAAAUUUUGUAUUUUGGCUAAGUAUUUUCCAUAAAAUAAUGCCACAUGUUGAAAUUGUCUUUAACCAAUUACAAAAAGUAUGCACCGAUUCUGUUAAGGUCAAAAAUGAUUUAGAGAAUUUUGAAGCAGCAAUUCAAACUAUACGAGAACAAAUGGAUAGCAUUAUUGACGAUAUUGAACGCGUGCAGAGAGAAACUGAUGAACCGGCAAGAAAAAAAAGGCAAGUUGAAGAAGGCAGCAAAAAACGGGAAGCGUUAGAAAUAUGCGAUGCAGUAUUAUCGCAAAUAAGAACAAGAUUUAACUUUUCUGGGCAUUUAGUUGCUUCUAAUUUAUUUGUGUCUGAAAAGUUUUCUGUUUAUAAACGGGGACCUCGGUUGGCCGCGUGGGUCAGAGUGUCGUGCUACUGAUCAGCCGGCCGGCCGGGCCGCGAGUUCGAAUCUCGCCUUCGCCAUGGAUGUUGUGUGUUUGUUUUAGGCAGCAGCGGUGGCCGCAGUAGUAGACUCUUCGGUCUCCUGAUCAGCCGCCGUGCGCUGUGCGGGUUCGAGUCCCGUCCCAGGAGAAAUGUUUCUCUUGGCCAUGGAUGUUGUGAUUGUCCGUAGGUGGUAGAUGGUCUCUGACUGUCGAACGCGGAGGUACCAUCCGGCGGUUCUCGUAGGCGGAGCCAGAAUGUGUGCAUGUUGCAUGCACACGUGUUCCCUCGCCAGAGUCCGUGUGGCGUCCCCCCUUUCCCAUGUAUCCCCCAUAGCCCCACGGUACCCAAUGGGUGCUUAGGCCUUAGGCCUUCGUGGUAGUUGGAGUAUAAAAAAAAAAAAAAAAAAAUCAGUUUCCCGAAGCACAUUUAAAUGACACAUGCACACAAUUUUCAUUUUUAGACAAAAACAGGCUUAAAACUGAGUUACAAGUAUUAUAUCAGAGAGAAGAAUUGAGUACUACUUCUGGAGCUGUUCCACUAUCCAUUUUAUUGAACGAGGAAGGAUUAAAUUGUACGUUUCAAGAAACUCUUAAGCUCUUAAGUAUUUUAAUCACUAUACCGAUGUCAACAUCUGAAGCAGAACGCUCUUUUUCAAUGCUGAAACGGAUUAAAACUUUCCUCAGAAACACAAUGAAGGAAGAAAGGCUUAGUGCUUUAGGAAUGCUGUCUGCAGAAAAACAUUUUGUUAGUGGCAUUGAAAAUUUUAAUAAUAAGGUAAUCGAAAACUUUGCUACCAAAAAAGAAAGAAGAAUGGACUUCAUAUAUAGAAAACUUUGAAGUUAUAGGUACUUCUCCACACUUGUUUUAUAAUUUGGUGCGCGUGUGUAAAUAGUUUUAUUUUUGAUUUUUUUUUGGACAUAUAGAUUUAUUGAACCUCAAGAACUUUGACCACUAACUAUCAGGGGUAAGUUAUAAGUUAUUCUUUACAAUUUUGAAUCGAUUCAAAAUUAUGGCUUCCAUUCUGGCACUACCUCACUGAAUUGGCACGAGCCGCCACUGCAUUUGACACAAAGAUGUAUAUGACUCAUUAAAUGUUGUGGGGCAGACUACAUUUAAUUCAGUUUUUGACUCGAUAUUAUUGUUAUGUUGCUUUAGUUUGGACAAAGGAAUGUGAUCGCUACUGUCGUAAUCGUCAUAAACACUUGGCAGGGGUUCUAUAAAGUUCGAUAUAUCUUCUUGAUUUGGGUGCUGUGGAUGAUCAUCAGAGGCGUUGUCUGGAGUUGCAGCACAACGCUUUGCUUGGCUUGGCUGUGAAUCUGAGGAAUCAUUUGAUGGAUUUGAAUUACCUUUGUCUUCAUUUGGGAGAGGAUAAGGAGAAUUUCCACUGGCAUCAGUAACGUCGCUUUCAUUAGUAUCUUCAUUUUCCUGAAGAGGAAUUAACAGAUUUGUAGCGUCGCUGUCGUUAGUAUCUCCAUUUUCUUGAUUUUCAGAAGGAGAAGCUCCAGGUUCUGCGAAAUUAUGAGUAGGUAUGCUGGGAGCGUAUACUUCUUCUGGAAUCCUAUCUGGAUUGAAUGGGAAAAUUCCGGUCGCUUCAAAUCCAGCUUUGACAUUAGCAGGUGUCGCAGCUUUAUCCCACACUUUGGAAAAUAAUAUCCCAAACCUUUGUUUGGUUAUUUUCCUGUCCUCGUGAAUAGACCAGUAUUUUAAAACUUCUUCAUCCCAGUAAUAUUCAAAAGAACGAAAUACUGAUUUGUCCAUGGGCUGCAAUUCAUGUGUGGUGUUGCUCGGGAGACAGAAAAGCUUGAUGUCGAAUUGUUCUGCUGCUUCAACUAUCGAAUAGUCUAAGUGGCACUUCGCUCCAUCCAAGAUAAGUAAACAAGGUCCUGGCAAUUUAAAUUUUGCAAAAUGGUGUGUCCAGUUCACAAAUGUUUCAGAAUUCAUACUCCCUUUGGGUGUCAUUUGGGCUACUGAACCGGUGGGUAACGAAUCUACCCAUUCUGGCUUCAUUCGUUUGCCCUUAAAGAGUAUCAUGGGCGGAAUGACAUGGCCUAAAGCGUUGCCACAUGAAACUAUUGUUACAUUCUCGCCGUGUUCGGGUGCUACCAAAUGUACUCUCUUGGAUCCACGUUCAGCCAAAACUUCUGGUGAUUUGUGCAAAUUAAGCUGGCAACCUUUUUCGUUAAUAUUAUAGAUACGUUCCGGUUUGUUCAUAAGGUCAUUUUCUACUAAGAUUUUCUUCAAUUUACUAAAAUAAUCGGAAACUACUGCUUUAUUCAGCUUUUGUGCUCUUGCGGGGUUUAGGUUCUGUGCUUUUCGUCUACUGAUAUUCCUAUGACGUUUUAAAAAUCCUCUCAGCCAAUCUCGUCCCACUAUCAAGCCUCCACUUGGCGCUGGAAUGUUAUUUUGAUCACAGAAUGUCUUCACGCAUCUACGAAGUACACGCUGUGUUAAUGGAUAUCCCACAUUACACAGACGAAUAAUACGGGAUUCCAAAAUCUUUUCAUCUUCAGGGUUAAGAAGUGGUUUCCGGCCCAAAGUAGAUUUGGUCUCUUUGUUUUCUUGUAAAUAACGUCUCAGAGUGCGUCUUGGCACAUUAUAAUGCUUGGAAGCCGUAUAAACUUUCAUUUUACCACUUCUGACUGCAGCUAAAGCUAAUUUCAUAUUAGCAUCUGCCCAGUUACUUCGAAGCCCUUUACAUUUAUAGCGUGCCAUGGUCUAAAACAAAAAACAAAAAAACGUGUCAGCAAUUCAGUAAGUACUGUUAAUAUGGCCAAACGGUGGCCAUAUUUGCAGUCAUCCAAAUUUUUUGUUUUCAUAUUCACGAAUGAAAAACGCACUAUUACUUUGAUAAAUAUACAAAGAAAUAUGAAACUACAAUUAUUACACAACAUCGUAAUGUAAAUAAUAAAGAUUUAUAAUGAAAACAACGUUAAAAUACAGGACAAUACUUACUUACUGUUUUUAUAACCUCAACACUGCUUUUCACUAUAAUGACGGCUGAGCGGCUAACGCUUGCACGGAUGGGUGACAGGUAGGCCGUUCGAAUACAUGCGACACUAGCGACAAUUUAGGGUCGCGUUCAGCUCAUAACAAACUUUCGUGUUUGGGAAAACGGUGUGUGGCCAUAUUUACAGGCUGGCCAUAUUCGACCUAGGUACCUUAGUUAGGUUUGGCGAUAUCAUCUGGAGAUAGGUUAGUUCUGGAGUGAACAAGUUAGGCACGUUAUUUAUGGAAAAUGAUUUAUUGGUAAAAUAAAAAAUACAUAACUUCUCAGGGUAUUGAACAAAAAUAACAAAAACUUAAAUUUGUGAUGCAAAUUUUUAUGCAAUAAUAAAUAAAGAGAUCAUAUAAAUGAAACCUAGCAUAUGUUUCCGUCCAAUUGUUCGCUAGUGCUCAUGCGUUCUAAAUUAAAGAAUUCAUCUAUAUCGCCGCUAAUAGAUAUUCCAGCAUUGUAGUCACUUAGCGUUUCAUGUAUAUUCCGAUCAACAAUCUUUAAUGACUGUUGUUCAUUACACACCAACAUAGACUUUGACCCUUCUACCUUAUAGCUAAUGGGCUUUGUAAAAUACUUGGGCGCCUUCUUGUUGAGAAAGUUAAUCUUAGGCUUUAUUGCUUCUAUAUCAUCCGAGAGAUGCUCGACUGUCUAGUCGGCUGGCAUUAUCUCAUCAGCAUUCAACAACACCGGAUUGUCAGGCUGCCCAGUCCAAAUUGCCCCUGGGAUUGGGUUAUUUCUGUAAAAUCUACGUCUAUGUACAACGUUGGUGUUGGCGUCCGCCAGUGCCAGGACAGUCUUUCGUAGAUUUGACAAACACAACUGCUGUGUUUGGGGAAGAUGUGCUCCAUGUCUAUCUAAUUGUUCUCUUCCUAUUUUGGGAACAUAGAGCUUAUCAUUUAUUUUGAUCUUUCCCACAGCAUUCACGACGGAUGAUAACUGAUCCGGUGAAAUCACUACACCUUUACACACAUUGAUGAACUCUUGAUUCAAUGCUGGUGCCAUGUAGUCAUCUUCAUUUUCAAGGAUUCAUGUAACGCCGCGCUGUACGUCAUCUAUUUUGUAUUCAAUUUUUUUCUUCCUUUCUGUGUCAAACAGAUCUUUUUGUAUGUCUGAUCCUCGUAGUUCAGUUUAUACAACAGUACAUUUGGAAAAUCUGGAUUUGUUUCGAUAACUCUCAUCUUAUUAAAAAAUACCUUUUCAUUUUCUUCAUCUUUUCCCCAAUUUAUGCACGUCUUUCGCUCAAGAUCUUUCAGGUCGAAUAUCAUUUCUUGUCUAAGCUCAAUGACAUUGUAUGGCUGGAUCCUUUUAGCUGUUCUAACAGCAGUAAACCAUUGGUAUGGAGUGUAAAUUGGUAUAUCUCUUGAAGCUCGCUCUAUAACACUAUGUACAGAGUCACCUUCAUUCUGUGUAUGUCCUUUCUCUAGAUAUGUGUGUUUUAUUGUAAUUUUAUAUUUUUGAGACAAGUGGUUAUAUAAUGAAUACAAAUAUUUGUUGCGGUUUUGACCACUACAAUUGUCUGAAUAGAAGUAAAAUACAUUGGUUCCUUUUUUGAUCUGCUCAGUUAUGUAUUGAAUUAGACAGCUACCAAUUUCUGAUGCUCCUCUCCUUGCGAUAACCUCAUGCCACAUGUAGCAGGUACAGUUUUUACUAGCAAGAUCAAAUACUGUAAAGUUAUAUACUGACAACUUAAGUUUGUAAUAUGCAACCCCCACUGAGGACUUUGGUACUGGUAAAUCAAAUACUGCUGAACAGUACACUCCUGGGUUAUCGAUAGCUAUUUAUUUGUCUGCAUUUUUUAAGUCCCUAGCAGUAUUCUUGUGCUGUUUGCUGCUUUGUCUGUGGCAAGUGAGGUGUCAUAUUUGUGGCAAAUGUCAAAGAGGUCUUUUUUGGGCUUGAAGAAAGAUAUAUUGAAUUCGGUAGUAAAUAUAUGCCUAUACAUUGCCUCAGUGGCCAGCUCCGUUAUAUUAUUAUCCUGACAACAUUCAAUGUAUAAAGAAUACAUUUUGCGCACAUUAAGUGUUGGUGUAGCCAAAUACUGUCGUGUGGUAUUCUUUCUACAGUAAUGACUUUCGAUUGUUUCGAAAGCAUCUAUAUGGUUUCGAACAGUUUGCUUUGUUGCUUCAUCAAUCAUUGAGUUGUUUUUACAUGCAUUUCCUCUUCUAUCUGAUGCAACUACACCUGUGGUUCCAGUCUUAUUUAACACAGUUAUAACCACCUGCGCACUCACAGAAAGUGUGUUCAGGAAGAAUUGCUUACACACCUUUGUCCUGAUGCCCUUGAGGGGAAGCUGAUAGACUAUAGUGUAUUGGCGUUUAUCUGCUUCAACAAUUUCCUCAUUCUCAUUCUCGUUAUUUCUCCUCCUCUUUCUAACCCUAGCCUUCUUCACGACUUCAAUAUGCUUUGCGGUGAAGUCUCGUCUAUUAACAUCUGCUAAUCCCUAGUACUCUUCCAAUAUGCGCUUUCUCUCUUCAUCAUACUUCUCUGUGCAUUUUCUUCUGCAACGUUCGCAUGAUGCCUUCAAGCUCCUUGCUGCCUUUGUCUUCCCCUUCCAAUCGACAUACUCCUGACCACUGUUUCUUGAAGACUUAAUAACAUUCCGUCUCCAUGUUUCUUCAUGACGAAUCUUUUUUCUAACACUUUUCUGUCUUCUUUUGUCAUCGCUAUUACUAUUGUUCGUCAAUGUUUUGUCCAAAAGUCCUAAUAUAUUGCGACCUCUUGAACCCAUUUUGAGUCGGUUAAAAAUCGGCCUACAUAGGUAAUUUCAAUUUGUUGAUGAUGUGAUGCCUGAGCACAAUCAUUCGCGGAACAUAACCUGUAUCAAAGACGUCCGUACUCGUCGACUGACCAGCGUGAGCUAGUCUGUGCCUGCGCAUUCAAUUCUCAUCAAGGUUGAUUUUGCCCUCGGAAUCGAUGCAGAACUAGCUUAUGUCCUAUUCACAGUAUUGUAUGUUUUGUAAAGUCACGUCACAACUAUUCUAUGUCCAGAACUAUUAAAAAAAAAAAACAGGAAAUGUGUAAGGCUGAAGAACCAUAUGUCACUUAAAUAAAUGGACUUAGGAUCACUCGAAAAAGAGUUCUGCAUGAAAAUAAUUUAUCGAGCAGAACAUAGGUUUAUUCGUAAUUAAGAUAAAAACACCCAUAUUAGAGCUCUAUCGACUUAGAUUACUUCUGCACUGAUUGCGCGCUGCCUCAAUCUAUGGUUUGACGUCAAAAUCACAAAAUGACCAAAAAUGGACAUAGACUAGCAUUUAAGCGACGAUAUAUAGUUGUAUGAUUUUAACAUUUCUGUAAGUCAUAAAUUACGUGUAAGCGAUUUUUAUAAAUAUUUAUAUUUGGAUGAAUGCGUAAUAUAUCUUUGUUCCAA